AUGCUCUCCGACGUAGUUGAGGCCCUGCAUCGAGCUACGUCAAGCUCACUUGAGUUCAACGUCGAUAGAGAUCUACCAAAACGAUAUACUCUCACAGACCUCGCACAAGACUUAUCGGAGGUCGAGCAUUUUCAGCCACCAAUAUCCACUCUCAGCGCUCUUUCACUCUGUCUCAGAAACGCCGACCGCAUCGACGAAGGGCCUCAAGAUCACGAGUCUAUCGCACAGCUAUCUAGCCAUGCACUAGGAUUACUGAGCAGCUCUUCUGGCCCGCUGUCAAACACUGACCCAGCUCUAGCCGAGCAGGCGUUGGAUAUCUUGAGAAGUCUUGUCGUGAGAUUUUCUCCAUCGCUUGACGACCAAGAUCUCAUUGCUAUUGCUGCAUACACCGACCGCAAGAGAACCUGGACGACCGUCAAUGCAGAGCUUUAUGCUAGAGAGAUCCUGGAGCGUUCAUUGGACGGUGUUCAAAAGCAGGCGUUCAUCACAUCGGUAGUGCUGGAGGGCUUUAUUCGACCCCUCUUCUCUCGGAACAGCUCUAGUCGCAUCACUUCAACCGGCAGAAAAGCUCAUUUCGCCGACGACAGUCAGGACCGCUUCACUCCUGGCGCUUCCGCUGAUACCGAUGACGCGAAAUCUUGGAAAACCACUCAAGCUUAUGCCGUUACAGUGUUUUCCUGGGCUGUGGAACAAUCCCAUGAUGCGCUUGUCGAAAAAAGUUGGCCAUUGUUCACUCCAGUUCUCCUCGCUCUCUUAGACGACCCCGAUACAGAAAAUAAAGCAAGGGGCCUGGCUGUUCUAGGCGACUUUCUCGUCAAAUGCCCAGGCAAGGUCCUCGUCCAAACCGGCCUGGGUGACAUAUUUGAGCAAUCCGUCUUCCCCACCUUACUAUCCUUGCCAACUCUGACGCCUGAGAAAGAGUCCCUCCUGCUACUUGAUCCGGCAUAUAGUGCAAUCAUCCGGCUUGCCAAAAUUCAGUUUCCUGGGGAGGGGGACAGAGACAAAAAGAAAGGACUUCUUACUCGUUUGCUCAGGGAAGGAGUUUUCAUGGGCUACUGGCAAGCGUCCGACUAUGUUGGAAUUGUUGAAUUACUUGCUCGACAAACGACCUCUAUCGUCAACGAACUCGGCUUUCUUGCCACAGCACAUUUGAAGGUAACUCCACAUGUCUCCAGCGUGGUGCCUCGACUGCUAACUCUUCCAUAG